AUGCCCAACGUGGGCGUGAUGGGCCCGUCGGUGGAUUCAACAGGGCGACCGCUCUUCAGGUCCCACAAGGCUCUCCCGCGGAGGGGUAUCGAAGUUCCCAGUGAUAAUCCUGUCGAGGUUGCCCAACCGGCCUCUCCGGAUCAGAAUGGCACAGUUGCGCCGGCUCCCCCGUUAACUCCACCCGAUGCGAUCCAGGACGGACCCAUGGACGAUCGCGAUCGCACCCCGCGCAAGACCGACUCGUCCACGGCCGAGAACCAGUCGACAGGCAUGUUGACGCCGCGCCGACCUUCCAAACCCCCGACCCCUGAUGUAACGCCACCUCGCACAACUUCAACCUCCAAGCGCCCGACUCUCAAUCAGUUUGGCAACUACCUGUCCUCGUCCUCGCGGGCCGAGUCGUUCCAAACCGCUUGCGAGAGUAUAUCUUCCGAGGGUGAUAUGGAUACUCCAGGGCGAUCCUCUCGAUCUCGGAGUGUAUCACAGAGGGCCAGACGUAGGAUUCCCUCAUCAUCUACCUCGAGACAAAAUUUCACAAAUGGAGUCCGAACAACACUUGCAUAUACCAGAGACAAGGACACUCCGCCAUCCAACUCACGGCCUCUCAGCGAAACAGAGUAUGAGACAGGCUUUGAGUCGUUCGACGGCGAAUGGGCGAACCAGACUGAUGGGUCACCUACUCCGCUCCCGGGGAAGCGUAAACCCUCAAAGAUGUCGCAGACGUUGGAGGCCUCAAAAAUGCCAGAUCGACCCAGUCCUAAGGCCUCGGAGGUCAACGAUACGCUGGACGUACUCAACCUCAAUGCUUCCUUGAGACGCGAACAGACGCUGCGGGAUAGAUUGAAGGAACCACAUGAUUUAGCAACCAGUUCUUCCAUGGAGCGUUUCCGGGAAGAUAUUGGUUGGCCCUCCCACGAAGAGCCGGACUCCCACCGGUUAUCAGGCAUUUCUUCGACAUCGACUGUGGAGGCUGUGAUAAUCGAUUCCCCAAAACGAAAACAGCGGUUGCUGCGACACACGGAGAAGAGGGGCUCGCUUCGAUCAGCGAGUUCCCCCAUAACGAACUCGGGACGAACAUCCACGGUGUCCAAUCCAGACUCGCAACAACACCGCCUGGUCCACAAGGCUGGCCGUAUAUCGGAGCAGGACCGCCGAAGCAUAUCAUCGGAUGUCUCUUUCUCCAUGAAGAACUCGAAAAGCGAGCCUCGCGCGUCGAUUGAUGUCAUUCCUGUUGUUGUGGUACCGGAGAGACGCUCUUCUCUCAAGUCAGGACCGCACAGCCAGGUUUCCUCCAAGCCUACGUCUCAGCAAUCCAGUCAGCGGCCCCCAUUGACAUCGAUGGGGUCUGGCACUAUAGAUGUUCCUCGUCAACGAAAGCGGACUAUGUCUGAUUCAGUGCCUGCACUAUCCCGAGACACAGAAUCUCGGGGUCGUCCCAUGGGCCGCCCUGUUAUUCCGCCUCGUAGCUCAUCUCUAUCCGCUCCAACGAGCCGCAAUAAUUCACGAGCCACCUCACUCACCUCGGAGAGCCUGCGGAGCCACACCAUAGCAAUGGACCUUGAGAUGCAGAAGCGACUCGAACAGCAGCCCGUCUCCCCACCUCGCCAAAACAUUCUGGCUUUCAAGGGCACGCCGCCGCGUCAACCCCAGACCAAGAGUCUCCUUGAGGCUCCCAAUCAGCCCGCAGUCAUGGUGAGCUCAACCGACGAUAUGGCCACCUUGCGACCCCCAUCCUUGCCAUACACCCAGUGGUCGAUUCCGUCCUCAUCCCCGGGGCCAGUGGAAAUCCACGAGGCAACUGCUGUUAGUCUCUUUCCGCACAACAAUCGCUCCCUUCUUCUGGUUAAUCAACCGCGAGCACCGCCUGAGACAUGCGUUCUGCAAGCGUUUCACAACCCUGACAAUCAUCCUCGAACGCCCGAUAUGCCCAUUCAAGGAGCUGAUGAUCCUUCUCAAUUCGCCACGGGCAUGGUUCAUUCCCCCUUGAAGAACCCACGUCCACCGCCAAAGCCUCCAGUUUCGAAGCCACUCCUACCUAUUCCUAUGCAGGAGCAAGGAGGAGCUGCUGCUCAAGAAAAGGACGGCAACGGACGCCUAGGUAGUCGAUGGAGCUCGGUUCGUCGUACGUGGGGUGCAAGGCCACGAUCGGAUUCUUUUAAUGCCAUCACACGGUCAUUUUCACUCCGGUCGGCGAAGAACCGCACGGCGGGACUGGAGAUGGAUAGCAACUUACACCCUUUCUGGCGCCCGCGAGGAUUCUGGGAUGAUAUCCCUGGAUCUCCCGAAAAGGAUAGAUCGGCCCGUCAGAGCGUCCAUGAUGCCGAUGAUGCUCUCGUUGUCAACAACUCGCUGGGUCUGCCUCACCAGCGAAUCAUAUUUGAUGGCCCACCGUAUCUCGCACGGCGCAGCCCAGAGUUGAAACGAGUGCUCGACUACAACGCUAGUCGCGGCAGUCUGGUUGAUCGGGGCAUGCUCCGAUCCCCAGUAUAUCAACACCGGUACCGCGUGCUUGGUCGAUGGAGCCUGCGCCUUCGAUCGAUGUCGCUCCGCAAGGUGCGGGUUCGUCUGCGUCGUCUGCGUCAGCGACGGGACGAGAGAAAACGAGCUGCUCGUCGUGAGACGCUCAAACAGAGCAUUGGCGGGCCCGUCUAUGUAGCGUCCAGCACCACCAAUGGGGUCGUGCGGUGA